CUCCUGCCGGGGCAGCCACGUUCGGUUGAGCUCCAAGUAGACCAGCAGCGGCGGCGGCAGCGGCAGCGGUGCUGAAGGCGCAGAGGGCGGCGCAGGCGGAGCCGGGCGGGCGGCGGGCGCGCGGGCCACGAGCAAGCGAGCUGCAGGCUUCGGGCGGGCGGCGGCACAGCUCAGGCCGAGCCGGCGCGGGAGGAGUUCCAAGGCGAUGGGGCCGCGGCCGGGGCUGACGCUUUGACAGCUGGAAAGAGCGCGGAGCCAGCGCCGGGGAGGGAGGGAGCGCGGCGAGCGGAGUGCGAGCGAGCGGGCGAUCGCCGGGAGGGGGCCGGGAGCAGGGCAGCUCGGGAGACCGGACGGUAGCGGCGGCGGCGGCGGGCUCGGCGCCCUCUUCUCUGCAAGCCAUGUUUGCCAAAGGCAAAGGCUCGGCGGUGCCCUCGGACGGGCAGGCUCGGGAAAAGUUAGCUUUAUACGUCUACGAAUAUUUACUGCACGUAGGAGCACAGAAAUCUGCACAGACCUUCUUAUCAGAGAUUCGAUGGGAAAAAAACAUCACACUGGGAGAGCCUCCUGGGUUUCUGCACUCGUGGUGGUGUGUAUUUUGGGACCUUUACUGUGCAGCUCCUGAAAGGAGAGACACUUGUGAACAUUCAAGUGAAGCAAAAGCCUUUCAUGAUUAUAGUGCAGCAGCUGCCCCAAGCCCUGUGCUUGGCAACAUUCCCCCCAACGAUGGGAUGCCCGGAGGCCCCAUCCCACCAGGGUUCUUUCAGGGUCCUCCGGGGUCACAGCCCUCGCCGCACGCACAGCCUCCACCUCACAAUCCCAGCAGCAUGAUGGGACCCCACAGUCAGCCUUUUAUGUCACCGCGAUAUGCAGGCGGCCCCAGGCCCCCGAUCAGAAUGGGAAACCAGCCUCCAGGAGGAGUUCCUGGGACACAGCCAUUGCUGCCCAAUUCUAUGGAUCCCACACGACAACAAGGUCACCCCAACAUGGGAGGAUCAAUGCAGAGAAUGAACCCUCCCAGAGGCAUGGGGCCCAUGGGGCCUGGCCCACAGACUGACCCUUGGUUAUCGUUGCAGAAUUACGGCAGCGGCAUGAGACCACCACCCAACUCCCUCGGCCCCGCCAUGCCUGGGAUUAACAUGGGCCCAGGAGCUGGCAGACCCUGGCCCAAUCCCAACAGUGCUAACUCAAUCCCGUACUCCUCCUCAUCACCUGGUACCUAUGUGGGACCCCCUGGUGGUGGCGGCCCUCCAGGAACCCCCAUCAUGCCUAGUCCUGCGGAUUCAACAAAUUCCAGUGACAACAUCUACACAAUGAUUAAUCCUGUGCCGCCUGGAGGCAGCCGGUCCAACUUUCCAAUGGGUCCUGGCUCAGACGGCCCAAUGGGAGGCAUGGGCGGCAUGGAGCCACAUCACAUGAAUGGGUCCUUAGGAUCAGGAGACAUAGAUGGACUUCCAAAAAACUCUCCUAACAACAUAAGUGGCAUUAGCAACCCUCCAGGCACCCCUCGUGAUGAUGGCGAGCUAGGAGGGAACUUCCUCCACUCCUUCCAGAACGACAAUUAUUCUCCAAGCAUGACGAUGAGUGUGUGACCCCCCCCCCAAGACGCUGAGAGCCGGCAUUGCAGGCAGAAGAUGCCAGAGAUUAUGCAAGAAGAAGUGAGGUGUCGAUGCCAGGAGCGGGGGGAGGGGUCUCCUGCCCCACCCACCCCUCUCACCCACUCCCCACCUUUCCCAAUUUUAGUUUCAUGCAAUAAAAAGGCCAAACUUUUAUUCCGUAAAACAUGAAGGACAAAACUCAAAAGAUGUAUUUCAAGUCAACAAUCAGAAAAAUCCCACCCUCCCCUCCCCCUAAAGGACCUUUCUGUACAUGACACUUUUUGUUGUUUUUGUUUGUUUGUUUGUUUGGGAUUUUACCGUUGCUGGGGUUUUUAAUUUGUUUUUUUGGGGGGAUUUCUUUUGGGGGAAAUUUUUUUAAUGGAAGCUUCUAGCAAGCCCUACACCCCACCCCACUCAACCUCUUUGCUUUCUUCUUUAAAAAAAAAGAAAAGAAAACAAAAAAAAAAAAAAAAAAGAAAAGAAAAGAAAAGGAAAGGAAAGACAAAAAACAAAAAAAGGAAGAAACCCACAAACCCUGCUGUCUGUCCCCAAGUCCUGGCACCAGGAAAGCUAGCCUGGGUGUGCCAUGUCACGCUGACGUUGUAGCCAUCUAAAAAUAAUAAUAACAAUAAACUGGACAGUUUACAA